AUGGAACCGGAAAAGAGGAAAUCCUCCUCAAAGACGUCGUCGAGCAAAGACAAGCGACCAAAGGACAAGGACAAGGACGAGUCCAAGACGCACAAGCUGUCGCUCAAGGGGAGCUCAAGGCUGGUGGCCGAAUUUUUUCAAUACUCGAUACACACAAUCCUAUUCCAGCGCGGCGUCUACCCAGCCGAGGACUUCACAGCCGUCAAGAAAUAUGGCCUCAACAUGCUCGUCUCCGCCGACGACCAGGUCAAAGCCUACAUCAAGAAAAUCAUGAGCCAGCUCGACAAGUGGAUGGUCGGCGGCAAAAUCUCCAAGCUCGUCAUCGUCAUCACCGACAAGGACACGGGCGAGCACGUCGAGCGCUGGCAAUUCGAUCAACAAGAAAACUCGUCAUCAGCAUCGGCCACAACCGCCCUCUUCGCCGAAAAGGACAAGCCCGAAGCCGAGAUCCAGGCCGAAAUCGCCGCCAUCUUCCGCCAAAUCACCGCCUCCGUCACAUUCCUCCCCCAGCUCACUGGCGACUGCACCUUUAACGUGCUCGUCUACGCAGACGCCGACAGCGACGUCCCCGUCGAGUGGGGGGACUCGGACGCAAAGGAGAUCCAGAACGGGGAAAGGGUCCAGCUCAGGGGGUUUAGCACCGCGAAUCACCGCGUCGACACCAUUGUCAGCUACAGGUUGGGCGAUUAG